UGGGGUAGGGAUUGAGGCACCAGGCGAUCAGUGCAUGCAAUCUACGAUUAUGGAGAUAAAGCAUGGCCCGACAGCAGCACGGUGACUCACGCGUGGCGCAGUCGAGUAUGCUGUCACCUUGUGCAGAAUCAUGCGUUAUGCUAUCAUUGUAGGAUUGCGCUGUCUCUUGUACCUCUCAGGCAUUCGAUGUGUUGCGACGCAACUCCCACUUGCCAUUUCGAGGCCUUCUAGGCUCAAUGUCAGAUCCAAUCACGUCGUGGCUUAAUUAACUCGGCCCGCCGGCUACUUCCUUAAUCGUCGACGCGUGUUCUCAGCCGAUCUUUCAGGCACCAUCGGUUCGAGAUUGUUCUCUUCUCACUCUCCUGCCACCCUGACCAUUCUGGGCGUCGCUUGCCACGAAGUUGGAGGCGAGCUGUUGCAUGGCGUGGAGGAUACGAAGACAUCGCAGCCGGCACUUGUACUGCCCGGUCCGGAAAUGUGGCUGUGACGCGGCAAAUGUCCACAGGACAUGGCGAGGCAAAUGGACUUCCACUGCGUUUGCAUGCCUCGGUGGGCAGCGCAUUCAGGCUCAGCUUCAACGCUCAAGUCCGCUACCUACUUCUUUGCUACUCUUCAGACUGGUGCACAAUCAUGGUCAUUGGGUCAAGGACGGCAAUUGGAGUGAUUGGCGAGGAGUAGUGAACCGCUGGCACAGGCAGGUCGAGACGAUUAAAAUGAGGAUUUCCGCGCAAUCUCGAGCAGUCAUGUCAAGACGCUCGCAGCGGCAUGUUCCUCGCAGUAUUUGUGAGACAGCUGUUGCACGUUUUUCUCCAAUCAUCAGCAUGUCUCAUCUCGAGAAGGUUCCGCUUCGUGCUCAAUGCCGUCAGGCGUCUCUCGUGACCAACUUCUUCCGGCUUCGUGGGACAUGUGUACUACCUUUUUGUGACUGCGUAUGUAUAAUUGAGAUCACGUCACCUGCACAGCCUGAGUCGCAUCUCGUCCGUCUACGUCAAGUACAGAUCAAAUUGUGAGCAGUCCCGUACUGAUCUGCGCCGUAAACUGAGUUGUGCGUGGCCUUGGAGCAGACGUCUUGCCUACCAUCGCAAGAGAUAGAGGCCCACUAUACCAAAGUGCUUGCGAAAUAAGU